AUGGCGGACCUUGUUCUUGGGUUGGCCAAGUCGGCGGUGGAGGGGAUGCUGACUGCUGUACUAGAGCGCGCUAUCGGUCCUUUCACUGCUGCCAAGUCGGCGAUUGAGGAGGAGGAGAAGCUGAAGAAGGGUAUGCAGCAGAACCUGAUGCUUAUCUCCGACGAGUUCGAGAUGAUGCAUUCUUUCCUCAACGAUGCCAAGGAUCGUGCCACUGACGAAAUGGUAAGGACCUUGGUAAGGCAGGUCCGCAACAUGGCCUUAGAUGUGGAGGACUGCAUCGAAUAUGUUGUCCUCGUGGAUAUCAAGUCCCACUGGAACUGGUGGCGCCGCUUGCUCCCACGUGCACUCUGCAUGCUAGCAGCGGCGCCGGCUGAGCCACUGGAUGAUGCAGUCAGUGCUUUAGAGUUGCUCAAGUCCAGGGUGGAAGCCAUGGGCCAGAGGAACCAGCGCUACAGGCAGAUCGGUGGCUCCAGCUCCACGCACACUGAGGAAAAGACGCCUCAGCAGGCCGUAACCGAUCCAACAGUAGCAGGGGGCAUCCUUAUCGAGGCGAGGGAAGCCAAGAAGAGGCAGGGCAGUCCAAGUGAUCUCGUCGAGUUGAUCAAGAAGAAAGAGCAUGUCCUUCCACUUCAAGUAAUCUCACUUUGGGGUGCAACAGGCGAUCUUGGGGUGACAUCCAUCAUCAAGAAGACCCUUGACAGCCCUGAAAUCUGCAGCAAAUUCAGUUGCCGUGCAUGGGUGAAGCUGACGAAGCGCUUCAACCCUCAUGAGUUCAUCAGGACCUUGAUGGCUCAAUUCCACACAAACUGUUGCCCGCAACAAGGAAGCACCAUAGAUUUUCUGAAGCAGGUAGAAGAGAUUAUGGGUAUGGAUAGGGAACGACUAACCGAGGAGUUCGUCAAGCAAGUUAGUGAAAACAGGUACAUAAUCUUCCUGGAAGAUUUGUCCAGCUCGGUUGACUGGGAGGCUACUGUCAGGGCAUACCUACCAGACAAGAACAAUGGUAGCUGCGUCGUCGUGCACACCCAGCAACUCCAAGUCGCAAGCUUGGUCGUUGGACAAUCACACAGAGUAUUGGAGCUGGAGCAGUUCUCAGCUGACCAUUCUGUUUGUGUCUUUUUCAAUGAGAAGCGUAGCAGCCCAAGAGAUCUCAUCGAGCUGAUCAGCAUGAAAGACAAGCCACUACAAGUGAUCUCAAUGUGCGGAGAAGUAGGUGAUCUAAAGGUAGAAAUGGCACGCAUCAUCGAGAAGGCCUAUGAUCGCAACCCAGAAAUCUGCAAAAAUUUCAGGUACCGUGCUUGGGUGAAGCUGAUGCAACCCCUCAUUCCCCGCGAGUUCAUUCAGAGGUUGCUGGCUCAAUUUUGCGCAAACUACUGCCCACGCCAUGGAAGCGCCGAAGAUUUCCUGAAACUGAAAGGUGUGGAGAUGGUUACCGAGGAUGCACUCAUCAAGGAGUUCGUGAAGCAAGUGAUGAGCGACAAGAGGUACUUAGUCUUCCUGGAAGAUGUGUCCAGUGCGAAUGGCUGGGACGCUGUUAGGGAAUACCUACCAGACAAGACCAACGGCAGCUGCAUAUUCGUGCACACCCAGCUGAGUGAAGUUGCAAGCUCGUGCGUUGGACAAUCACACCGAGAGCUGGAGCUGCUCUCAGCUAACCUGUCUCUUCGUGUCUUUUUUCAAAGAGGGUGAGGAUGAGGAGAGGGCCAUCAAGACGAAAGCUGCAAGGGAAUGGUUAAAGAAACAUCAACUUGUUGGCCGCAGGGCAGAUGUGGAGAAUCUUAGCGUUAAUAAUCCAAGGGUGCAACCCAUGUGUGGAAUCGCUGGUGUUGGUAAAUCAUAUAUUGUCCAACACGUCUACUACAAAAAAGUGAUUGAUGGAAAGAAACCUUUCGAAAAGUUUGGGUGGGUAGAUGUAUCCCAUCCAUUCAAUAUAAGGGACUUCUCAUGGAGAUUACUCUUGGAUUUGCACUCGGGAUCUCUCCAACAUGGUAGAAUGAUGAGAAUCAGAGACCCAAUUCAACAGUGUUGUGAGCUUCUAAAAACCCAUGCUUGUCUCAUUGUUAUUGAUGGUCUGCGGUCCAAGGAAGAGUGGGACUCAAUAAAACAUGCUUUGGGAUUUGAACAUUACCAAAAUCGAACCCGUAUUAUUGUCAUUGUAAAUGAAGAAAGUGUGGCAACAUACUGUUCAGAUAACUGGUGGAACGUUGAAGGCUUAGAAAUUGAUGACGCCCUUGAUCUCUUCCAAAGAACG